GAUUUUACUGUAAUUAUGUACUGUAGUGAGGACCAUAGAACUAAAAUAGACGUUACCACAUUUGGUUUCUUUAAAGACGGAGAGCUUCAAAUAAAUGUAUCAUACCUAGGUGUUGAUCCUGAGGCUCAUUCCAAUGGAGAUAUAUUUGGGUUUACAUUAGUGAAGUCUCGUACAGAAGGACGAGGGUCGUUGCAGGAUGAUCCUGUGGAUAAUUGCAUCCUAAAUCGUUCAAGUAUCAAGAAUAACUCUGUAUCGGUAGUGUUUCUGUAUUUUAAUUUUAACAAUAUGAGUCUCCAAAUUAACAGGACAUCACAUGACCUGAAGCAGUUGGAGAUCACAUUUAACGACAAUACAGAAUACAAUAGUCACGGAGAACAUGGUAACAAAAGCAAGCGAUCAGAUACAAUGACUUAGAUGAUACUGUUCCUGCAAAUGAUACAGUAAAUCCAGGUGUCAAAGAUUUUAGUAAUGUUUCAAAUAAAAGCAGAGACAAUGAGAAUUUAGAAGAUGAGAAAGAAGCGAGGACUGUUCGUCUUUUACCGUCUGUCCCUUUAACCUCACCAGGCAAACAUGCUUACUCCACUGAGUUUCGUGUGAAGAUUAGCAAUGAGACGGAAGAAGGCUUGUAUAAUUUGUACUUCCAUCAUUGCAAGGGUAAAGUGAGUGAAGACCAACCAACAGCAAUCAAUCUCUCAAUUAACAUCAUUGAGAUGAAUCGAUACUCUGAUAAGCUCAACUACCUAUCGGCUGGUGAUAUCUUCCUGCCUCCUGUUUACUUCACCAUGUCGAUGCUGUGUUUCCUAUCAGCUGGGCUCUGGCUUUACUAUUUAGUGACCCACAAUGAGAACAUCUUUAAAAUACAUUUCAUCAUGCUGGCUUUGAUUAUUCUCAAGACCAUGACACUCUUCUUUCAUGCGAUGGACUAUCAUUUCAUCGCUAUCGAUGGGUCACCAGUGGAGACUUUUGCUAUCCUCUUCUACAUCACUUAUCUAAUCAAAGGAGCCUUGUUGUUCAUGACAAUAACUUUGAUUGGUUCUGGCUGGACGUUUAUUAAGCCAGUACUAAGCCAAAAAGACAAGAAAGUGUUUGUUAUUGUUAUUCCAUUACAGGUGUUGGCUAAUGUAGCGUACAUUAUCACAGAUACUUCCGAAGAGGGCAAGUCCGACUAUAUUACCUGGAAAUCUAUUUUCUUAUUGGUGGAUGUGUUGUGUUGCGGGGCAAUCCUGUAUCCAGUCAUCUGGUCUAUACGACAUUUACAGGAUGCAUCACAUAUCAAUGGCAAGGAGCAGGGCGGUAUAGUACAGAGAAGCUGUAAUACUUUUACUCAUAACUUUGGCAAUGCUGCCAUCAGCCUUGCCAAGUUGAAGCUUUUCAGACGUUUUUACAUCAUGGUUGUUUGUUAUAUCUACAUCACUAGAAUGAUUGUUUACUUGUUGAAGGUGAUGGUUCCAUUUAAUUAUACCUGGAUUGAUGACUUCUUCUUUGAAAUUUCCACGUACCUGUUCUUUGUAUUCACUGCAUAUAGUUUCCGGCCGGGAUCCGAUAAUCCAUACCUUCACGUAUCGAAGGAGGAAGAGGAUGAAUAUGAUUAUGAAUAUGAUUAUGAUAUGGACUACAUAGUUUCUGAAAAGCCACUACUUACAAAUGUCAGCCACACAGACAAGAGUGGAUGGAGUGAGUUAUCACAACGCACAUAGACUGCUGCAAUAAUGCAAUUGUUCAUUCAAAACUAUAUCUGAGAACCCUAAUCUUCUUGCAUUUCACUUGUAUUAAAUUGUGUUGUAAAAUUUAAAUUGCUUUUUAAAGGAGAUCGUCGGUUAAUGAAGAUAUCGUCUUUGAUUGUUCCAUUUCGAACGUUUUUUCUUCUGUCUCAGAGCAGAAGUUGUUGUUGUUGAGCAAAAUCUUUUUCGCCAUUUUUGGCUACUCUCACUGAUGAAUAAUUAGCUUGUUUGUGUUAAUUGUAAUGAUGCUGUGAUUAAGCCAUAUAUAGUGUAUGUCUGUAUAUGUAUGGAGGAGUAUAUGAAUAUAAUUGAAACUAAACUGUUUUGAUUUUACCACAUGAGUACCACAUACUCAAUUUGAAAUUGAUGUUAAUCGUGUGUCCUUACCAAAAGAUUGUAUGCAAAAUUAGAUUAGGAUGUACUCUUGAAAAUUAUUAUUCUUGAAUCCUCAUUAAUUAAUAUUUGUCCUUUUUAUUAAUAUUAAAGUUACUUUUGUUGCUAAUAUAUUUAUUAUCGUUGAUACUGUGGUUAAUAUUGUUAUUGAUUGAUCAGUAAUAUUUAUAUGGUGGUCAUGAAACAUGAUUGUUCAUUUAUUUAACUUUGUAUACUUAAGUUUUUUGGAUGAUCCCCAUUGAAUAAAAUUGAUGCAAAAAAACUGCAAUCAUUCUGAAAAUGAGGUUAUUUAUGUAUUGUAUCGUGGGUCGUAACAUUUUGUGAUGGGGGUGGUAAAACUAUUUACCAAAGAAUAACUCAGAAUAUAGUUUGUGUGUAAGUAAACUCAGCAAUGAGUUUGGCACACCCAUCAUGGAAUGGUAUGCUCCAUUAUGUGUGACAGCUAAAAAAUCUCUUAGAUUGAUCGCUGUGAUAGGCGAUUGAUAUAUCUAGUUACACACUUUUUAUUUGCGACGCAAAGAGAUGUUUUAAAGUUGUUGUUUUCAUGACUUGCUAUUUAACAUUAACAGCCUCUAUUUCUUUUCUUUUUAUGAAUAUUUAAUUGUAAAUAUUUAAUCCAAUUUGGAAUUUUCUUCCGGAUAAUAGAUAGUGGUAGUGGUAGUGGUGGCAAGUUGUCUUACCACAGGUUUAUGCUUGUUGACUUUAACAGUGACAACUUUUUCAAAUUGGUCUACAUUGUUGAUUCAUCUUGAUAUUAAAUUUUUGAAGUAAUUCUUUGUUUAAAAUGUAAACAAAACUGAGUUCCUUUACUAAUUUACUGGCAUAUUUUUAAAUUUUCAAAAUAUAAUUAUUUUAAAUUCAUCAUUUUAAUUUUGUUAAAUAUGACUUUGCUAAAAUAGAGGUUCAUUAUUUGAAUAAAUUAAAUUUGUAUAUAUAAGAUAUGCUAUGUAAUUCCUAUCCUCACCCUGUAUGAUAUAAACUUAAAUAAUAAAUUUUGAUAGAAUGGUCUUCUUUUUUUUUUUAUCAAAUGAGAAGAAUAGUUGUUAGGUUAUGAUAGUUGGUCAUAACAAACCUACCCCCACCUCCAAUCUCGCUUUAUUCUUCCCUUUCCUUCUUCCCUGCCAAUCCCAAUCUCCCAACACUACAUUUAACAGAUUUUUAUAAUUAAUAGUAAUUCAUACUUCUUAGCAGUUUUUUGAUUGAUAUUUGCAGCUGAUUAAGCAGCAGUGUAACAUUAUAAAUUUCAUUUUUGUUCUCAAAAGGUUUAUGGUAAUGUGUAAUUUUCUUUACUAUUUUAUAGUUGUUUUUCAACAGUAUUAUUCAGAGUAAGCAAAAAAAAAAAAAACUUAAAUUACUUAAUUACUUCUCAGCUUUUAACAAAUAGGAUGCUAUAGCAUGUUUGAGAAUACAUUUUUUUAUGUGGACGGUGAUUGAAUUGGUACAAGUGGGUACCUGGUAGGUUCAAACACAAAAUAUCCUAAUUACAACUGCAACAUUAUGGAUUCUCCCCAGGGAGCUGAGUAUGUGUUUCAUAUUUGCUUGAUCCAAUGACCGGGGUAAUAAUAUGAAGCGCUUAGAAUCCUUGUUGACAUUAAACACUAUAUAAGUCGAACAUAUUAUUAUUUAUUUAAUAAGAAAUCAAAUUAAACCAAAGUACUACAUGAGCGAUAUUAUAUUUCUGUGCAGCAUAGACAUAUUACAUUGUGUUAUUAUUUUGUUUUUAAUUAGACACAUUAUUGUUAAUAAACCUCAACAUUUUGCUAAUAUUUUCUGAAGUUGUAUGCCUUCACCGUUAAACUGUUUCUGAUGCUUUUUAUGUUAAAUUUAUGAUAGUUUUCUUUCGUUUUAAUUAACUUUUGUAUAUACAGUACGGUAAUUAGCACAAAAUUAUUUCUAAUAUUAAGUCUCACUCAAGAUUGUAGGGUAUUGUUAUAAAAAAAAAGAGGAAAAAAAAGCAUGCAACACUGUGUUGGGAAAAUAUCACAACAUUCAUCAUUUCAUUUUUUUAAAUUGAAGCAUACACACUAAUUAAUUCAUUUUGUUUAAAUUUUCAAUGGAAUUUAAUAAUAUAGUGGACUGAAUUUAGACAUAAUACUAGAUAAAGAUAUUCUUCUAUUCUGAGUGAUAUAGCCCGUGUUAUACAUAACUUCCGUUGCCAUUUAGGUAAUUAUUUUGUGCCAACAUACAUACUACUUAUAGGGUACUGUAUGCUGCAAUGAUAUUGUAGCUGGUAAUAUAUUUAAAGAAAUAUGCAGUUUAUAUCAUUUGUUUUACUGGACUCAUUCAAGAGCAUUUAAAAAGUUUCAUGGUUACUGUAGAUGCAAAUGAUAUCACUUCCAUGCUGUGUUAAUUUAUUUGUAUGUAGAUUGUAGAUCGUAUGCAAACCUUUAAUGAUGUGGUUUCAUUGAUUAUAAAUUAUAUUUUCAGUUUUAGAAGACAAUGUAAUUGAUUGCUGAAUCGUCUCAGAUUCAGAGUGGUAUAAGGCCUUAUAAAUUAAUUUUUAGCUUAUCUUCAUCCGAGUAUUUUUUUUUUCUUUUGUUUUUUAGUAAUAUCUGACCCGUUUUAAACUUUUAUUUUUAUUUUUAUUGAAGUGUUAUAUAAAAAUCGAUGUUCUGUAUAUAUUUUUGUGUUAUAUUGCAUAUUUGUAAAAAUUUUCAGAGUAAUAUUUUGGUGAGAGGCCAGAUUGAUAAGCUAAUAAUUAAUCCUAUGGGCUGUAAAUUUCAUUCAAUUGCGAUCAGCCAUAUAUCUUUUUGUUAAUCCUUGAUAUUGUUUAGUUCAAAUGCUUCUUCAUUACUAUUUGGUUGAAAAUAUAGCCUGUGUGCAUGUUAAGGAAUGCAGUACCCUAAUUAGAAAAGAAUAGAGAAUUUUUGGUGUACUGUCCAAUUCACCACCAGCAGGACCCAAGGAUCCCAAGUCUCCCGGAACUCGCGAAGAGUCCCAGAAAUCGGAAUGGCCUCCCGCACUUCUGCAACCAGGCAAGAAUCUCCGGGAAAUUAACCCAUCUCCGAAAAAUUAUAAUGUUGCAUGUUUUCACCACUUUAUUAUCAAUUUCUCAUAGAUGUCAGUGCCGAUUGGUAUCACUAUGAUCACUAUGUGCAGAAGCUCAUUAACCAGAUCAGUGACAGACUAAAAGUGGAGGGGGGAGGGACAGCCCACCUGGGCCCCUUAAAUAUUUUAAGAUUAUACAAGAAAGAUGGGGUAGAAAAGAAAAUUAUAUUCAGAUAUAAGUCUGAGAGGGCCAUUUCCAGCCGUAAUCAUAAAUUGUCUUAACUCAGCUCCAACCAUGGUGGGGCUGAGGUGGUCUACACCCUUCAUCUAUGAAAGUCCCUCCCUGUCCCCUACCAUUCAACCUGCCACCACGGAUUUCCCGGAAAUGAUUUCUUCAAAUUUGGGACCCUCGAGGACACCACUGGAAAUAUGUCUUUAGACUUUAGUGUGUAUCCUUGGUGUGAUACAAGAUACAAGAUAGUUUUAUAGUAUAGAAAAGAUCUUACAAGUAAAAUUUGUUUUUUACGCUUAAGAUAUCCAAUUUUAUCUAUAAUUUAUGCUCUCUUUCUUUAAAUUUUGCUCCACGACAAAAAAAAAAAAAACACCAUUUUGCGGAUAUGCUUUGAAAAAAAAUCAUUUGCAAUGAGCCAGCCUAAACAUAUUAUCUGGAAGUGGUUGAAUAAAUGAAACUUGCACAAAAAACGA